AUGGAACAGCCUGAGGAGAUUGAAGUCUCCUCAAUUUCACGCGAUAUCUCUCGUCCGACGACCGAGAAACGACGCACCUUGCGAACAUACAGCAAGCGGUCGCGAGUAACUGAAGACGAGCCAACCUCGAAGCCGGCCAAGAAACAAAAGAUCGUCAUCGAAGACGCCCUCGCGAAACAACCAAAGCUUCGUAUCCCACCUCCGCUACCGGCACACACGAGCAAUAUUCCCAAGAGCUCCAUCCUCAGCUACUUCAAGCCCUGCCGCUCUAGCUCUGCAACGGAACCCUCAGAUCCCUCAGAUCCUCUGUCCGACUCGGAAAAGCUAAUCGACACGCCCCCUUCAUCACCGCCGGUUGUUAGAAGGAUACGAGAGCCAAGGAGACUGCGCCUGCGACACAGUCUGCCUUCUCCAGAUGGCGACGAUGCAGAGGCCGACAAGCUGGACAGGAGCAAAGACGAAGAGACGGCGACACGGGUCACGCGAUCAAGUCGACGAGAAGGAAAGCAACUGCAGGAGGCGAAGGAAAGCAGGUUGAACGCACAGAAGGAGAGUCCCGAGCCGAAGUCGAAAGCCGCGACGGCCAAACCAAAGGAAAAGUCGAAGCCGGUUGCGACGAUACAGACAACCAUCAACAUCUCUUCAAAGCCCACGUUUGAGGAGUGCAAGGUCUGCCGGAUGGUGUACAACCCACUGCACCCCCCUGAUGUCAAGUUUCACAUGCAAACGCAUGCUGCGCAUCUUCGCAAAAAGGCGAAGGCGAGGGCAUAG